GUUCCAGCAUCAGCGCCGUCGAGUGUGGAGCGUGUUUUGGAGACCGGAAAAUCCGUGAAAACUGUCGGGUUACUCAAGCCACGCAGCACACACACACACCCCAGCCAAAAAAAAAAAAAAAAUGGAGAAAAAUCCUGUGAAAAGCAGCCAACUCAGCGAAAUUUAAGAACAAUUAACGAGACUUCAGCGUAACUCCACGGAAAAACAUUCACAAAUUAAAAGGCAGCGGAAAAGCGCCAGCAAAAAGCGUCGAAUUUGCGUUUUUCCUACGGCUUUUCCAUCGCUUUUUUGGCCAGCGCGAAUAUCGAUUGCUGACUGCCUUGCAUAAGUCCACGAAGAUUAGUAUACAAACGCAGUCGAAACCGUCUGGAUAAGCGAUUCAAAUGACAACGAACAACAGGCCGUACUCGUAGUAAUUAAGUUUUUUAAUCAUCAAUAUUGAAGUCAUCAUGGAUCAGCUAAAGUCAAGGAUUUCAAAGCCUGGCCCAAACAAUUGACACGAAAAAGGGAGGCAGCAAGAAGGAUUUCCCUGGAUAUAUAUAUAUAUAUAUAUAGAAUCUCUUGUGUGUGUGUGUGUGUGUGUUUGCCCCUGUUUCGCUUUUAUUUUCUUUUCCAUUUUAUUUCUUUUGUUGCCGUUUGAAAAUGGAUAUUGCCUUGCGUGGCACAAACAGAGCAUCGUCAACAUCAACGACUGGAACUGGUCUGCAUCAUGCUGUGUCAUUGGGCAACAUUGAGGUCUCCACCAAGACCACCUACUCCAGCCACAUGGAUCGCAGCUACGACUCCGAGGAUGAACACACUGGUCGCCGAAGACUUCGCCAUACGCUGUCCACCGAGUUGCAUCCUCACACUUCUGUUUACUCACGCGGAGAUAUUCGGGAACAGUACUGCCUCACAGAUCGCCAGUUGCACAGCAUAGAGCAGCGUCCUAGGCGAGAACGAUUUUUUGGCUGCCUUUCGCGACGCGGUCAAACGCAAUCGGGCAGUUUUUUGGGCGGCUGUGUGGGUCGGCGGGUGCCCUCCGAUGAGAAUUUGGCCGCCUAUGCUCCAUUUGAAAAAUAUCCACGCUACCAGAACAGCUAUACGGACACACACGAAUUGGAAAGUUCCUAUUUUCGCCGUCAACCGGCCUCGAUUCUGAGUACUGGUAAAUCGGGUGAAGCGGAUCUGGGUGGACGCUACACCUGGAUUGGCCAACAGCAGGUGACCAACAACAAUCCCGACUACCAAUCGGACCACAGGUAUGGACCGCCUGGCAAGGCGAUCGAAAGUCGAUACAAAAACAGAUAACCAUGAACCAAAAAAAGAAUCCUAAUCAAAAACCGUAAAAUGCUAUGCCAACUGUCGCUUAGAUCAUGCUUUACUGUCGCACUAUCUGUAGUCACUAACUCUCUGUCGCUCGCCAAACUCCUCGACUUUCCCGAUUACUAUGUAAAUAUGUAUAUAUAUUGUUUUGUAUAUAUAUGUAAGUCGCUUGCAAUGCUUGCCUGAACUUUCCUUUCGACUCCAUCCAUUGCAUAAUGCCGCUUUUUGCCUCCAAGUUCUUCUUAAACCACUCGAAAAACCACUGAUAAACCACCUACUAGAAAUGCUGUAUAAAAAUACUUUUUCGUGUACUCUUUCGUUAUUCAUCCACCUGUCCUUCUCUCCUCAAAACCAAAAACGACUAUAAAAAUCAACCAAAAUUUAUCAAUUGAUAUUGCCACAAUCAAAAACCCCACCAAAUACUAAAUGAAAUGAUCAAAAUGUGUAAAGGGCAACUUGUUGUACAGCACCACUUGAAUCCUUUUACCAGGAUGUUUUGCUACGGAAUUAUUAUGUCGAGCUUUGCGCUCCACCAAAUCCUACACCACCAACAUCACACACCAAUCAAAUCGCUAAUCUAAAUGUUUGCUCGUAUCACUGCCCCACAUACGCCACAAUGCCAACCACACACCAUCAGCACCACCACCAACAACAGGGCGGAAAUGUCAGAACCAAACACGUGAGCUUUGCCAGGUCGCACACACUUACAAGUUUCGACAAUGUGAAUGCCGGAUUCCGAUCCUCAGGGCGUUUGAAAACAGCCCGAAGCCAGGAGAGAUUAAUUGGGGGCAAGAAGCCCAUUAUUGCCACGGGCUCCAUGUACGAAACCCUCCAGCCGCCGCUCCAAGUCCAACAGCAACCGCAACAGAUGCAGCCGCAACAGAGCUCUACCCUGCCAAAAACCUGGCUGCCACCACCAGUUCAACUGCAGCCAUGCCAGCACCACCAUGCCCCGAUUCACCUGCACCAGCCCAUUUCAGACAACAUGGUCGGACUGAUCAUUCCCCAACCUCUGCCCUUGGCUCUUCCACUGCCCAGUCCCGAAGUUCUCAUCGUCGAGAAGAAGUUCCGCAAUGCCAUGAAAACGCAGGCAACUCAAACAGAUGCAGCAGCCCGUCGCCAGGGGCAAUUGGGCUACAAUACCCAGGUCCUGGCUUUGAGUCCCCGUCCACCACAUCGCAUUAAGGUGGUUUCCCAGGGGGCUCAAACGAACGGCCUGCAGAAUGGCAAAAAACUAACGAAAAGUCUCUCCGAAAUACCCAAUGGCAAGGAUGGCACAUCCUCGCAUCAUUAUCAACAGGGUUCCAUAUACCCGCAUGAGAUGAUCUACCGCACUCAGUCGCAGGAUGUGACCCCUUUGCAGACCCUUUCGGAUGCCCAAAACAACAUCAUGUACUACAAACCGCCGCCACCAUUGCUGGAUGCCCACAGUUACGGACUGGGAAUGGAGCACCUGAGCCGGACACGUCCUUCGCCAUCCGAGCAAAAUGUGGAGUAUGUGAAUGUGAAUGCUGCCGCAGUGGCUCUGAAUGAAAGUUUCGACUAUGAGAGCAACAGUUUGCCUCGACGAGCGUGUACCUCGCAUACGGAUUUCUAUUCGAAUAGUUUGCCUAGAAGGCAUAUCACCGAGAGCUCGGAACUAAUGACCGAUAGUGUUCCCUUGGACUUUAGCCAAUCGCAUUUAUUGCCACCACCAAGUGAGUACUGCAAAAACGACGACGAGGAUGUGGAGGAGUACUACGACGAGGAUGAAGAUCAUCCCCAUGAAACGGAAAGCUAUAGCUCAGAGGUCUGCAUGGAGCAGGCAGCCCAACAUCGCCGGAUGUCCAUGUUGCCCCAAAUGAUAGACUCCCCUUUUCGUCGUGAUGAUCUGAGGCGUCAAUCCAUGCCCGUUUAUGGUCAAACGGAGAAGCUCAUCGAUGGCUUUGGCCCAAGGAGCUCUUUUCGAAGGCGCGACAAGGUCAGCUGUUUUCCGGAUGAGCCGCCAGCCGUACAAGAAGUUCGGGAUGAACAGGAGAUAUUUAUAGAUUUUAAGCCGCACAUUUCACCCAAGCCGAGUCCCAAGCUUCAGCUGAAGCACCGUAAGCAACACAAGGCGGAGAUCGCCAUGAGAAAGAUGCAACAGCAGCGGAUGGCACAGGCGGCAGCUCUGACCCUGCCCAAGCCCAAGUCACAGCCAGUCGAAGUUGAGGUGAGAAAAGUUGAACUUGAGCCAAGCGAUGAGGAGGAGGACGAGGACGAAGUUUCCGAGCCCGAAGAGGAGGAUGACGGUGAGGAGAUCGAUGAUGAUGAGCAGAAGCUCGAGACGGAUCUGCAGGAAGAUGAGGAACCGCUGUACGAGAACAUUACGCCCUGUGGCUGCCGUGUGGUUCCUACGUCGGAUGCGGAAGAUAUCCAGGACAAACGCUCGCAAUUCCGCAAGCGCUCUGUCAGCUUGGAUGAUGACUACGAGGCUAAGGCAUCUGAAACUCCCACACCAACUGGCCUGAGACUCCCGUCAACUCCGGCCAGUCCUUGCCGCGAUGAGCUGCUGGCCAAUGUCUCAACUUAUCCUUCCUCAGACUCGCUGGCCAAUGACAAUACCCGCGAUCAUUCCGAUGGCAUAUGGAAUGAGUCGCAGGUUACUGUCUUGACAGCUGAACAGAGAGAUAUAUCCGAUGGCUCCUACAGUUCCAACUUGCUGUUGACACCCUCCUCGAAGAGGAAGAACCUACUGCUGCAGCAUCAACAGAGAAGCUCGGUUGACACCGAUGCCCUGGAUUUUGAGGAACAAAGUCCCACCUAUGGCCUACAAACACUGCCGAAGAUCAUCAAGACACCCACACCAACCACAUCGAGGCCCACUUCCACCCAACCAAUGAUGCCACCACCAGCUAUCGCCGUAACUCCAUCUACAAAUCAGAUUCUGGACAGCUGCAUAAGUUCACCGCUGCCCAAGAGAAGCAUGGUGGCCAGAGGAUCGGUUCCGGACGCCCGACAGCUUAUGUUCACUAGUGGAGCCACCAAACAAAGACACUCGGAUGCCUCGUUCCUGCCUAUGGGCGCCGCUGACUAUGCGAGGAGUGCAGAUAUAUCGGAGUGCAGUACGAAUACAGAUGAGUAUGCCACCUGCACGGACACCUCGAAACGCACACCAGUUUCCACCCAGAGCUCGCAGUUGGAAAAGACGCACGCCGGCAGUUCCUUCGAAAGCGCCAGUUCCCUUUACUCCAUGAGGGAGGAUCUCCUCCAGCACGACGAGAAGGAGCGGGAUAAGCAGACCACUCUUACCAAGGCUCAACUAAAAUCGCCCAUUGGCUCAGUGGCUGAGCUGACCAGGAAAUCGCCAUCGCACUCCAUCAGCAGUACCACCUCUUCAGGCAGCUGUCCUGUCUUGGGGGCGGCCAUCAAAUCUCCUGCCAAGGAAAGUCUGCCCCAAACAGUGGCCAGUUCGGUAACUUCACAGAUGAAAGUCAGCUCCGUAGAAUGCAUACCGCCUGGAGUUAAGCCCAAGCCGGAUUCUAUAUCGGAGGAUGAGCGCAGCGAAGUGCGGUACUCCUCGUCCGGUUAUUACGAGAGUCCCCACGAGGAGGAUGACGAAGAGCAGGGCACCAGGAGCAAGGCGCGCCGCCUGCGACAGGAAGACGAAAGGAAAAGGCGCAAAACAAGCAUGAAGCUGGACAUUGAGAAGGAGAACAUGCGUGCCCUAACCAGUCCCAUUAAAAAGCCCACGGGAUCCAGCAAGAUCACAUCGCCAGAGCAAUCGAUUUCUGGAACCAUGGACAAUGGCAGCAGUCCCAGCAAAAUGAAACGCUUCCGUCCCAAGAUACGCAGGCAGCUGAGAAAAAGUUCACGGGAAGAUGUCCUGGCGGCGGCAGCGGUACGCAGGAGUCGUGCCACGCCCACUAUUUUCGGCCUGAGCAGUGGCAGUGGAGACACAGAGUUGCUGCUAGAUGCCAGCAUGUCAACUGGCGCCGUGGCAGGAACCACCACUUCUGCCGUGACAUCGGUAUCCGCACCUUCAUCCGCAUCCAAGUUACCAACAUCGGAAUCCUCAGUGACCACACAACCCGAGGCAGUAGUGGCUCCAUUGCCGGCUAAGAAACCACACAGUUGCGCCACGCCCACAUCCCUGCUGUCGCCCAAGCUGCCCACAACUAGCGGCACCCAGUCGAAAUCCACAUCGGACACCUUUCAGCUCAAGGCCAAGUCAAUUGAAUCCUUGCGCUCUGUGUCGCCUGGUUCCGAUUCCGUGUUCUACAGCGAAGCCGAUGGCAAUGCGGCCAGUGGCGAGCAGAGUCACUGUCACCAUUGCGGCAAGGAGAUGGAGGGCAAGCAGCAGAGCAACACCAUCAGCGAACUGGCUGGUGACUCGGUCGAGUCGAUACCCUACAUCGAGCAGGACAUCGUCAAGCCUCCGUCGGACUUUGCCGACUCGCCGGUGACCACCAAGACCACCCAGCGGUUGUACAAAAAGAUGGACAAGCGGUUCCGAUCCGAGGAGCGAUACCACGGCGAAAGGGGCAGGCACUACAAAACCAGGCAGGAGAAUAUUAGGGCAAAGAGCGAGGAGCGUGGGCGCAUACCCAGUCUUCCCAAUACCCCCGUCCUUCGUCCUGCUGGCUCCAGUCCUUGUGUACUGCCCGAUACGGAACAGAGUCAGCACAUUAUCUAUAAGGGACACUACGACGCAGGACGCUAUACACGACUAACCGAUGAUGACUUGUGGACUCAACUGGACCAUCAGUGUUUUGAUCGUUCCAGGGAGCGCAGAGCUUCAACGGAGUCCGAGAAGGGCUUCCAUGCCAAGUAUCAAGUGAUCCUGCAUCGUCUCGUCCAGCGACGCUGCACCCUGGAGAUGUACCACCGCCAGAAGCACAACAGCUUCCGCGUGGACAAAACCGUGGUGGUCAAAAGCGAUUCCGGUGAAUUCGGCUUCCGUAUUCACGGCUCAAAGCCCGUUGUAGUGGCCGCCAUCGAACCGGAGACUCCGGCGGAGAGCUCUGGCUUGGAGGUGGGCGACAUUAUCAUCUCCGUGAAUGGUGUCCAAGUGCUGGACAAACACCACACCGAGGUGGUCAAGAUCGCACACGAUGGCUGCGAGAAGCUGGAACUUCAGGUGGCCCGGACCAUUGGGGUACUAAUGCACGAGCAACUGGAGCCGCCAAGUCAGCCCAUAUUUAGUGGAUACCUGUGGCGGCAGAGUGGACAGGCCAAGGGAGCACCGAAUUCCAAGAAAUGGGUGCGACGUUGGUUCUCCCUGCGUCCCGAUAAUUGUCUGUACUACUACAAAACUGAAGAUGACUCUCAGCCCGUUGGCGCUAUGAUCAUGGCCAAGCACACUGUCGACCUGUGUCCUGUGGAUGUGGGCAAGCCCUUUGCCUUCAAAGUGGAUGCCGGCGAGGGUAUUCCCAUGUACGUGGCUGCCGACUCCGAUGAGAUGGCGAACAGGUGGCUCCAGCUGCUCAGACAAGCGGCCUCCCAGGACAACCAGUGGCUGGACAAAAGUGCACGGUGCUUGUACCAGAGUCCCAGCAACAUUCAGCGGCCCGACUGCUUCGGCUACUUACUCAAAUUGGGCUCAAGGUGGUGCGGAUGGUCGAAACGAUAUUGCGUUCUAAAGGAUGCCUGCCUCUAUUUUUACCAAGAUGCAAAUAGCAAGAGUGCAUUCGGCAUGGCCUGCUUGCACGGCUACAAAGUGGCCUCGAUGUCCGCCAAUGCAUCCGGCAAGAAGAACUCGUUCGAGAUAGUGCCACCAGAAACGAAAUUGCGUCACUAUUUCUUCUGCACCGAAAGCGAAAUGGAUAAGAAGCGCUGGAUAUCCGCACUGGAGUACUCCAUUGACCGCUGGAUAAAGUCCGGGUAACUAAGGUUAAAGACACGCUCCAGAUCGGCUCUGAGCAGCCGACUUAAGCGUCGCAGUUUUAGCUACUUCAUGGAUUAGAGGGGACGACUUGACUUGUUCGACACUAGUACGGGUACUACCAACAACACUUAGAACUUAAGCCAAGCAAACCAAUUAGUUUUAGGCAUAGGCGAUUGCAUAGUCCAAGGAAUUUAGUCGGUCAUUCAAAUCGGGUUUAAAACUAUUUUGAACAAGGCGUACAUACACAAAUAUAUACAAAUAUAGAGGAAUACGAUAGGACAUUUUUGGUGUGUAUUCUUGUUAUAUAGCUUACAACAAAUGGCAUAUAUACAUACAUACAUAUAUAUACACAUAUAUAUAUAUAUAUACAAAACUUAUGUUUAGUGAGGUUGUCUUGUCACUUAUAUACAUAGAAUAUAUUUAGCCACACAAAAAAUGAGAGAAAUGAUCGUACAGCAGACCAAAUUGAUUGUCUAAUGUAUAUAGAAUUCGGCUAGGCUAAAUCCAAAUUCAAAUUGCAAUGAUUAGGUAUUCAAUGGCUCAAAUCCAGGCAAAGGCAAGGCAAAUGUUUUUUAGAUAAAUGUCUAUUUACAGAAAGGGUAAUAAAAUAGUACGAAAAUAGCUCAAGCGAGACCAAAAUUACAGAUUUAUCAGAGUGUAACAGUUCGAAAAGUCGUUAUCAAAGUCGAAGAAGAUUAUUCCCAUUUUCCAUAGCUGCUUCCAUCGCAUUGAGCACAACAAUUUGUGAAUAAUAAAUAACAACGGUUUUCGUCCUUAUUGGAAACGAUUAUUAGUUAGACGCGAUUACGAUAUAGGCCAGGAUUAGUUAGCUUUUUGAUAUGUUGGAUUUUUUUUAGGAAACACAUUCAUUCACAAGCAUACACACACACAUUACAACGUUCAUAGUAGGUCAAACAAUAAUAUAAUAGCGAUUAAUUCGGAAUCCAGUAGUUACUUUGUCAUAUAAAGAUAUGAUCUUUAAAAUGCUGAUUUCCUGUUUUUUUGGGUCAGUGUUCAAAUACCGAGAUUGAGUGAGGAUGCAAC